AGCCUCCCAGGGGCAUCCACCUUGGACCCCGGCUGUAGUGCCCAAGCAGGGGUGACCUUUGAGCCUUAGCAGCACAGCUGACAAGACAGCCGGCCCUCCCCCAGGGUCCCCGGAGAGCUGGAGCCUCCGUUGUCACCGGCUUGGGGUAGGGGACAGAGGGUGACCAUGGCAGGGCCGGCGCUGUCUCCAGGGCUCAGCAACUGUCUGGUGCUGCUGCUGCUGCUGUUUUCAGCAGGUGAGACGGUGUUGGUGUCAGACAGAAAGGACCUGUACCGGGAUCCCAAAGGUCAGCACCUCCCCCUGCCCCUUCUGGGGACAAGUAUCAUGGCNAAGAAACGGGGCUCCACGGUGGAAAUCAAGUGCUACAUGGAGUCCAUGGAUGACAUGGACCAUGUGAGCUGGUUCCGGAAGCAGGAGACGGACCCAGAGCCUAAGUCACUUCCUUAUGAAGAGGGCCGCAUCUCCUAUAGCCUUAAUGGCUCCACGUCCACCCUCGUCAUCCAGGGCAUCCAGUUUCAGGACAACGGCAUCUACUUCUGCAGGAAGGAAUGCCGGAAGGAGUCCUCGAGGACAGAGCAUGGAUGUGGCACGGAGCUUCGGGUCAUGGGGUUCAGCACCUUGGCACAAAUGAAUCGGCGGAACAUGCUGAAAGAUACCAUCAUCAUGAUCCAGACCCUGCUCAUCAUCCUCUUUAUCAUUGUGCCCAUCUUCCUGCUGCUGGACAAGGAUGACAGCAAGGCCGGGAUGGAGGAAGAUCACACCUAUGAGGGCCUGGACAUUGACCAGACAGCCACUUAUGAGGACAUAGUGACUCUGCGGACAGGGGAGGUGAAGUGGUCGGUGGGUGAGCACCCAGGCCAGGAGUGAGGGGCCACCCUUCCACGCCCUGGGCUCAGCCCGCUGGGCCCUCGCUGACUGCUUCAGAGCCGCCCUGGCUCCCAGCCCACCCUCUUUUCCCUGGACUCCCCCAGUCAGCCUCCAAACUGGCCCACCAGAUUCACCUGCCCCGCCAGCCCCUGGUCCCCAGCUCUUGCCAAAGAGACUGGGUUGGAAGGGCCACAGGGCCGUGAUUUGGAGCAGGGAGUUCUCUGGGGAUAGACUGGACCCAGCCCUCCGAGGGUGCUAUGCUGGGAUCCAUUCCUGUUCAGGACGGGGAAGGCAGAGACUUGUUUGGAACCUGCAAAUGGACUCAGAUGAGACCGGCUUCCUGUAGAGCCUGGGAAGGGCCAUGGCCCACCCACCAAGGCUGCAGGUGGGCCGCCGAGAGCUUCAUCCCUUUCCCAUUCUCUCCCACCCUCUGCCGCCCCGGGGGGCUCCUGGCCUUGAGCCCACUCUCCCACAGAAUAAACAGUGUGUUUUGAGAAACCACA